AGGUUUGGAUAACCACCCCCUCUGGCGUACCGUACAUAGUAUCCGGCUAUGUAUCCAUGCACUAGUCAUAGUAUCCUGUUGAAAACUGGGCCAAACAGAGACACAACAAACAUACACAGGUGAGGACAAAGCCCCGGGCGUGGUGCAUCAUGGGAGCCCCAGGGGGAACCAGUCAAAAUUAGGCCAUUUAAUUAUCAUUGUGCCGAACAAUGUUAUCAAAUUAAUUGAUCUAAUUUCCUAGAUCAAUUUCUAGACUGAAUUAUUGAAAAUCGUGCUUUGUUGAUGAACAAUAAUAGAGGAAAGUUUUAAGGACGUCGUUUACACACCCCCAUGGCCUCGAUUAUGGACUAGUCCAAGUUUAAUCAUGGCGACCUUCGGUUGUUUAGGAAGGUCUGGCGACAGAAACACUCCAAAAGUAACGGUUUCUGACGGAGAACCUCCGUAAAGAAGAUUGGGACACGUUUUAGAAGCCCAUGUGCAGCAAUCUAUGAAGAAAGGUGGAGUGUAGAAGCAUACUGGUAACAAGAUGGAAAAGUGCUGCUUCAUCAGUACUAGUAAUCAACUAAUAGUAAGGACUAGACCAUAGAAGAGACUUUACGAUGGCCAACAUCAGGACGUUCUGUCGCGUUCGUCCAACGGACCACGGCUCCGAGUGCGUGGACAGCUCCAGUAAGACGGUGGCCAUCCAAGUGCCCAGCACGUCCAUGUACGCUGACUCUGGAGUGAGGGGGGGCUUGUCGCACUCCUUCAAGUUUGACCAGGUAUUUGAUGGACAGGUGUCUCAGGAGGAGGUGUUCGACUGCAUGGCCAGGGAUAUUGUGGAAGGUUUCCUUGCUGGAUACAAUGGAACCAUCUUUGCCUAUGGCCAGACAGGCUCAGGGAAGACCUAUACUGUGGAGGGGGGUGCCAGGAGAUAUGCUGACAGGGGGCUAGCACCAAGAGCCCUGUCUAUGAUCUACAAGGCCCUGGAAGAGCGUCAGCAGGAGGAGAUCUCUGUGAAGGUCUCAUACCUGGAGAUUUACCAGGAGACUGGGUAUGAUCUGCUGAACCCUGCCAGUAAGACAGGAGUGGUGCCACAGCUCAGUAAGGUGUCAGUCGUGGAGGGAGGAAAGGGGUACUACGUAGUCCGGAACCUGUCCACCCAUCUGGCCUCCACGGAGCGCGUGGCCCAGAGCCUGCUGCUGCAGGGCCAGGCUAACAGGAAGGUGGCGGAGACGCCCAUGAACAGGCGGUCGUCGCGCUCGCACGCAGUCUUCACCAUCCAGCUACAGGCCAAGGAGAUAGGCUCAGAAGUCAUCACAAGGUCCAAGCUCCACCUGGUUGACCUGGCGGGAAGCGAGAGAGUGUCCAAGUCCGGUACCCGCGGCGCUCGGCUGGAGGAGGCCAAGUUCAUCAACCUGUCCUUACAUCACCUGGAGCAGGUCAUCGUGGCACUGCAGCAGGGCGCACGGCGGGCUGGGAAGGACAACUCGGGAAUGAGUCGUAAUGCCAGCAGUUUCAGCCUGGUGUCCCUGGCAGUGUCAUCCUUCAGCACUGUAAGCACAGGGAACAGGGAGAGGCACAUCCCUUACAGGAACUCCCUACUCACCAUGGUACUGAGGGACAGUCUGGGAGGGAACUGUCUGACAGCCAUGGUGGCCAACAUCUCCAUCGAGCAGCAGAACCUGGGGGAGACCCUGUCCACCUGCAGGUUCGCUCAGAGGGUGGCCUGUAUCACCAACCAUGCCAGCCGCAAUGAAGAGUUGGACGACAAGAUGGUGAUAAAGAGACUGAAGAGGAGAGUAGCUGAACUGGAGGCUGAGGUCAGGUGUCUGAAAGCCGGGCUACCUCCAGGCCAGAAGGCAGACCAGGAGAGUUCCCAGUCAGACCCCCUGCAGCCUGUCCAACUGUCGGAGGCAGAAAAGAAGAAGUGUGCCCUCAUCAUGCAGGCCUUCCUGGUGGGCAAGGUCAACGACCCUGUCACUGCAGGAGUGAACAGCCCGUACCUGUUCCGUGAGUGUUUGCGGGUGCUGCGUGAGCUUGUUCUGAAGGGGAUGGGUCGGUGGGUGUCGGAGACCUCCCUGGAGUCCUCCUCACGUCCCAUCAGUCAGCAGACCAUGCUCACGGCCAGCAGCGGGUUCGACGAGACGCCUGUCAAGACAAAGCCAAGCAGCUAUCGUCUUUUUGAAGGAAGUGCCAAGAGGUCAGCGAGUAAAUCCAGGACCAGAAGUGCCCCUACCCACCAGCACAAGUCUGACUUGUCCACAGAUAAGCCCAAGAGUGGCACAUCCCGGGAGCUGGCCACCCCUGCCAGCACUACCAGGCUCUCUGUACAAUCAGAACCAGUCUCUCCCAGACGGAAGGAGCAGUACAGGUCGCCGUUUGAGAAGAAGCGUGAGAAACAGAUCCGCAGCAUCAGUAAGAAGCUGGAGAAGGGGCAGGUGGAGCACCUGGAGCAGAAGAAACACCUGGAGGAGUUCCAGCAGGACAUCAGGUGCCAGCAGCUGGAGCUGGUCAGGGGGGAGCUGGAGAGUAAGAUCUUCCUCACCAAGGAGCAGCUCGCCCGGCAGCAUGCGUAUGUACUGCAGCUGAAGCACAUUCAGACAGAUGAGGAGACCCUGUCACAAGAGAAACUGGUGCAACAGCAGCUACAGAAAACUCUGACUAAGGCAGAGAAGAGGCUUGAGUUGGUACAGCAGCACCUCGAAGACAUGGAAGCCAAGGAAGUGUCCCAGAGUCAGAAUGCCCUGUCUCCUCCAACUGAGGGUGUUAGUAAGGCAUCCAGUGCCAAGUCCUACAGGUCCUUCCUGUCAGAGCCUUCAUCUGUUGGCCACAAUGAGUCACCCCUGUUAUCAAGUGGGGAAGUCCAGAGUGCCAAGUCCAGGAGGAGCAGUGAGGGAGUUGCAGUACCAGUACCAGUGAGAGGGGGCACUGUGAACAGUAGGCAGGUCCUUGAGCAGCUGAAAAUAGAGCAGAGGAAACAACAGAAGGAGGAGAAAAAGAUCCACAAGGAGCGAGUCCUGACGAUCAGCAAACAGCUGGAGCUGAAGGAAGCUGCCACCAGACAGAAGCUACAGGCGCUGAAACAGAUGUUGAAGGGUUCUGGGCAGGGGAGGCCACCGGUUACUGCAUGGGGAGGGGUCCAGUCAAACACUGAUACUGCAAUGUCGUCUGCUUUGGAAGCAGACCUUUCACAAAGUCCUGGUAAAGGUGGAAGGGGAAGUGAAAUGUCGGCGGUGUACGUUCCUUACUCAGGGCGAACGGCUGACGUACCAGGCAGGCCGAACAGCUUGUACACCAUAGAGGAUAAUGAGAGCACAUGGAGCACAGCAAACACAGGCAGCUUGAAAGAAGGGGACCUGGCUGGGAAGACAUUUAUGACUCAAUCUUAUGAUGAUGACGGUUUUCAAAACGUUGGUGACCACCACCAUGAUUUGAAGUCCUCAGCGGGUAACCAAACCCUCACCAGUCCUCGAGAUGAGAAUUCUACUAAUGAAAUUCCCAAGAAUGACAGUGGUGAUAUCCCUGCGUGGAAGCCAUAUUCUUUAGGGUAUGGGAAUUCCCAAGGAGCUUUUCUUCCAGUCAAACCCAGGCAGCAAGGAGAGCUGUUCGAAAGUCUGAAGUCUCGGGACUUGUCCAACAGUGCUGCAAAACGUUCAGAAAGAGACACAAGGAAAACUUCUGAUCCAGAUUCUUCUCUCCAAAACACAUAUCAUGCCUCUGAAAGAGGCAGAAACCAUUCCGAUUCGGUUGGAAGCAGCUCACAUUCUCGGCACGGAGAAUUCAGCGCCUUCUCCUUUGACCCACGCCAGUUCUCCCUGUCUUCGAAGACCUUCGACUCAGCCUUGCAGGAGAUGCUCCAAGAGGGAGAUCCCACAACAGCAAACCAGCUGCCCAGUGGGUCAUCAUACACCAGAAAACCAAAGUCUGGCAUAUCAAGUGUUGUAAGUGUGACCAGUAGUGAGAGUCUGGGGCUGUCUCGCGAGUCCACCAUGUACGACGACGCAGAUUCCGCGCAGUACAGGAGAGACUCGCGGCCCAUUACGGCUGACAGUCGCGGUACCUGGAACGGUGGAACGCCCGGCAAGGCAAGUGCUGUCAGCUCUGGCAAAGAUGAAGGGCUGGAGAGGCAGACCACGCAGGCUUUGUUUGAGGGGAAGCUGUCCAGAUACCUGGGUGGAUCUCGAGAUGAAGGCAGGGACGACAGCAAUUAUAAUGGAGUUUCCUCAUUGGAUGGCCCACUGGACCAGUCAACUACAAGCAGACCUAGGGAAGCACCAACCCAAAACACCACAACACCCGACGGCCCUUCCCAGAGUUCCUUCCUCCAGUUCCUCAGCAAGAGUCGCUCCGCCUCGCCCUCCCAGCGCACAGGCUCCAAGACUCACAAGGACGGCGGACACACAAAAGCCAAGGUCAAGACCACAGUCAUGAUAGAGGAGACCACGCCCAGGAGGAUUGAAGCAGAGAAGGAGGCGGAGCGGGAGCGUACGUACAUGGACACGGUAAAAGAACAGAAGGAGCGGGUGGAGAGGAUACGCCGGGCACGUAACGCCGCCGAGACGAUACAGCUCGCAUGGAGAAGGCACAGAAGUAGAGUAAAAACUGCGUAAAAUGAGCUUCUAUGUUGUUGCAAAGUUUUGGUUGGUUUUGUGUUUUUUUAAGACAUUUGACCAAGCUGAUUGUUGAAUAUUGCAAAAAGGAGAUAAUUUUGAUGCAUCAUAGUUGUAUGAAUGGUGAUUUCAAAAGUCUUCCUUUUGUCUUUAGGUACAGAAACUUCAUUGAGUUACUUGAUUGGCAGGGAGUUAAAAUGGGUACCCUGUACAGAUGUCUUAUGCAUUGUUUGGGACUCACAACUGUUAGUUGAGUCUUCUGAUAAAGUAUGACAAGAAAUCUUCAUAAGAUUGAUAGAAAAGAACACUGAGAGUAUUACUGUGGUUUUUGUAUCAAGGGAAUGUAAAAAUUGACGAAUGUGACCAAAAUUGUGGAAAAUUAUUAUCUUAAACAUCAGUGUUAAUUUUCAAAAAGUAACAAAUUUAGUCUAAUUUUAGAUAGAAGCAUGUGGAGCUUGUUAGCAAAAGUACCAGUCUAUAGGGAGGAUCUAUGGAGGAGUCAGUAGUAGUGACCAGUAAAUGUUGUUAUAGGUCUAUAUAUCAUGUAUAUAUGUUCAUGUGUAUUGCUGGAUAAUUUUCACAUUGAUGAAAAUGAAAUAGUUUAUAUUUUAUGACAAAGAUUUCAGAUAAAUCUAUGCAGACCUAUUAUGUAUAUUUUUGUAGAACUGUAAAAUUAUUGUAUUUUUAGAAUAUAUUAAUGAAGCAAUAUAGAGAGCACUAGGUAGUGUAUUUUUGUAGUAAAUGAAGGCGUGCACGGUUUAUAAAAUGAUACAAACUUUAA